ACCAAAGUGUUCCAUUAUUUUAAAAACAUGUGCAUUAAGUAAGGUUUCAAAAUUGGUAUAAAACUUAUGGUUAACUAGUAAAGUUGCAAACAUAAUACAAUGAAUCCGAAGAAGAGGCAAAUAUCUUAAAAAAAUAUAAUUAAAUUUAAUUAGUGUCUAGUUGUGCAUUUUUUCAUUAUUAGGAAUGUUUUAACGACACUACGCGCACAGUACACAAGAGUAGUACUUUGAACAUACUAGCCCUCGAAUCGACGCGCGCACACAGACAAAUAAUGUCAUUUACACGGCCGCUAACCAAUCUUGGCAAGACAAAUCUACGCAGUGCCACGUCGCGCGCCGCCGAGACUGGUGUGAAUUUGGACUUUACGAAUUACCUAUCGAAUUUGGACUGUUUGUUUUUUAUAGAGUUAACGACUUGGCUAGUCUAUUGGACUCCGAAAAUCUGUUUGUUUGGGGUUGUUGAAUCUCUGAACUUUGCAAUGCCUCGCAACGUGUACACACCUCGUGAAUAUGCUAUGAUGCAUUACACCUAUGGAGAAGCAAGAGGUAAUGCCAGAGAAGCUGCAAGAUUGUACCGAGAAAGGUACCCGAAUUUGCGUCACCCUGACCACCGAAUUUUUGCUUAGUGUGCAUAACUCGCUACUUGAUGGAAGGAUUCUUGGUACCGGAGUUGGUGUUGGUGAAGGAAGACCACAGCAAGUCAAUGAUGAAAUAAUUUUGCAACAAGUACAAGAAGAUGCAUCAACCAUCGUAGUGACGACAAUAAGCAAAUGUGAAUCCGGAUUAACCACUACGCAAUGUACAGAAUGGUUGAGACAACUGAUAAUAUUGCACAAAAGAAGACGAUACACUGCGCUACCGUACGAAGAGUACAGUGAACAGAUCAUAGCAGAUGACGUCACAGUAUGGAUGGCAGAACAAAAAACUGAUGCAUAUAAGAAAAAACAAGAAGAGCUGCGGUUGCAAUAUGAAAAAGAACAAGAAUUACAUGAAAACAAAGCUCUACUAAGUAAAGAAAGCAAAGACAAAUUAAGCUUAAACUUCAUGUAUGAACCGCCGCCGGGUGUUAAAAAAGAGCGGGAGCGUGAAGACAAUGAACCAGAGUAUAAAUUUGAAUGGCAACGCAAAUACAAUGCACCAAGAGAAAGCUAUUACAAAGAAUGUACUAUGUAUUCACUGUCUAUGAGUGAAGCAAGAGCUUUGCAAGCAUCAACUGCAGCGCCAGAGGAAGAAGAAACCAAGCCAGAUGUGCCUACUCUUAUGCAACAAAUGCGCGAUACUGGACUUGUCAUGAAACCUGGAGCUAUGCCUUUAGCUGCAAAUAAAAUAGAGGAAACUGAUUCAUCAAAUCUCACUGAAGUUGACCUGAUUAGUCAGUUGACUAAGAAGCAGAAGAAGAAAUUAUUAAAAAAAUUGGAGAAACUGGAAAAGAAGAAAGAUAAGAAGAAUAAGCACAAGUCCAAACAUUGA